CAACCAUUACAACACCCCUCUCUGAGCCAGCAGGCAAUCACACAAAGCACAAAAGAUCAUGAAGAUCAACAAUAACACCUUAGUCACUUCCUUCAACUCCUCAACCCUAUUUCAGGGCUCUCAAGACAUGGUCUCAAUUGAAUUACCAUUAAUUCUUUUGAGCUUUUCCUUCUCUACUGUUCUUCUCACGGCUUUGUUGUUCUUUCUUUUUGUCAAGAACAAAUCCAAACCCAUUGGUAACAAGAGCAAAUUACCACUUCCUCCUGGCCCAAAACCAUGGCCGAUAGUUGGAAAUCUCCCCGAAAUGCUCUCAAACAAACCAAUAUCCCAAUGGAUACACAACCUUAUGGAUGAAAUGAACACUGAAAUAGCUUGUAUUCGUCUAGGAAAAGUUCAUGUUAUUACAGUUACUAGUCCUGAAUUGGGACGAGAGUUCUUGAAGAAACAAGAUGCUAUUUUCUCAUCUAGACCUAUUUGCAUGGCCGCUGAUCUUGCUAGUAACGGAUACUUAUCGGUAGCUCUAGUCCCCUCCGGCGAACAAUGGAAAAAAAUGAGGAGAAUCCUCGCUUCUGAGGUGCUUUCUCAGGCGAAACACCGGUGGCUUCAAGGCAAAAGAGACGAAGAAGCUGAUAACCUUGUUCGUUACGUGUAUAACCAGUGCAAAAUCACCAUGGAAGGCGGAGUAGUGAAUGUGAGAAUUGCUACUCAGCAUUACUGUGGAAAUGUGAUAAGGAAAAUGAUAUUUGGAAAGAGGUUUUUCGGAAAAGGAAUGGAAGAUGGAGGACCAGGGGUUGAAGAGGAGGAGCAUGUCGCCGGGCUUUUCACCAUUCUUAGGUACCUUUAUGCUUUUGGUAUCUCUGAUUAUUUACCAUGUUUAAGAGGGUUUGACAUAGAUGGGCAUGUGAAGAUUAUGAAGAAAGCUCUUGGGACUGUAAGAAAAUAUCAUGAUCCUGAAAUUGACCAAAGAAUUGGGCAAUGGACGGAAGGUAGUAAGAAGGAAAAAGAAGACUUGCUUGAUGUUCUGAUUACUCUCAAGGAUAUAGAUGGUAGACCAGUGUUGUCAGCUGAAGAGAUCAAAGCCCAGAUUGUUGAACUAAUGAUAGCAACAGUGGACAAUCCAUCAAAUGGCGUCGAAUGGGCACUUGCAGAGAUGAUAAAUCAGCCCCAGACCAUUGAAAAAGCCAUAGAAGAACUAGACAGAGUGGUUGGAAAAGAGAGAUUAGUCCAAGAGUCCGAUUUGCCACACCUCAAUUACGUGAAAGCAUGCGCCAGAGAAGCCUUUCGGCUUCACCCCUUUGCACCCUUCAAUGUUCCACACGUGUCCCUCGCAGACACCACCGUCGCCGGUUACUUCAUCCCUAAGGGUAGUCACGUGUUGCUGAGCCGACCGGGACUCGGCCGAAACCCGAGAGUUUGGGAGGAGCCACUCAAGUUCAAGCCGGAGCGCCACCUGAAGGACGCUGGCUCGGAGGUGGGGCUUUCUGACCCGGAGCUGAAGAUGUUUUCGUUUAGCACAGGAAGGCGUGGGUGUGCGGGGGUGACAUUGGGUUCUACCAUGACUGCCAUUCUUUUGGCUAGGCUUCUUCAAGGGUUCACUUGGAAGUUUCCACCCUGUGUGUCUAGUGUUGACCUCAGAGAGGCACAGACUGAUCACUCUCUAGCUCACCCACUGCUAGCUCUAGCACAGCCACGCUUGGGUGAAAAUUUGUAUAUUGCAGCUUGAAUCUUCUUAUAUACAAAUAAGUAUGUAAUAGUAAGUAGAGUUAUCUGCGUAAAUGAAAAAAGCUAUGAUAUACACUAAAAAUUAUUU